UUCCGAGUUUCGCAAAGACAAAAGUCGGAUCCAUGAUGUUAAGAGGCUGGUGGAUCCCGUACCCGAAGCGUGAAGGUUUGAAACGAAAUUGGACGCCACUGCUCUCAACACUCGGUUCCAUUGUGUCGGUAGAUGUGCGAACAACUGUCAAAUUUGGCUGCGUUCCCAGUCCAUCUUCCAGUCCAGUUCAGCUCUUCGUGGUACACUCUUUUCUUAGUGACCUGAGCGAUCAGCCUUCGGCUUCUUACUGCUUCCUUUCUCUUUCUGUCCCGUCGCAUCACGGUCCCAGUCACGAUCACCCGUCCGCUUUAUUCACCAUCUGCAACUUCUCGUCACAUGCUCGCUGUAUUUGCUGCGCCGCACCGCCGGGCCGACUCACUCGUUACCUGCGUUGGUGUCGACGGUCUCAGCACAUUCCACUAGUUCGUUGUGAGCAUACUGAUAGUUUGCUCCGAAGGCUUGGUGUCAUCUUCAAGACCGCUUCAUGGCUUUCGAUGGGAGUGUAGUGAAGGUGAAGACAGAUGGGUUGGAGGAAUGGUCCAUGUUGAGGACAAAAAUGGAUUCAGGCAAGCGCGACGGGAACCCACCGAUGACGGCACUUUCCUAUCUUAUCGUGGUGCACUCUGCUUCAUCAUACAUCUCGAUACAACCUCUACCUCUACGUCAUCCCGGCCAUAUCAUGGAAUAUCACGACUCGAUUGGAAUUCUAUACUUCAUAAAUCCACUGCCCAAACUUUAUUGAAUCCAUACAGAGCUCAUCCAUUAACAAUUCCAGCACAGAGAAGGGGGUCCUACCGACGACC